AUACUUCAUACUAGUUGACUCACGUGACGGGACUAGUAGAUAUUAGUUGACGCCCUGCAAUCUCUUUUUGAUUUGCGUUUGUAACUAAAUCUAUGACAAUGAGAUUGCUCGGUAUUUUGGUACUUUCUUUGGCUUUGUUUUACUAUGCGGAUGCUCAAACACGUGGAACUGUUAGACUAGUGAGAAAUGGAGUUUUCUCAUACACCUAUUCAUCUGGAAUAGUUCAAAUCUUUUACAGCACAAGCAGUUCCUCCCUACUCAGAUGGGGUAAUAUUUGUGAUGAUGCUUCAUUUGGUGAUAAUGAAGCUAGUGUCAUUUGUAACCAGUUGGCAUAUGAUGGAGCAUCAGUCUAUGGUAGAGCUGGUAGCACAGUAAGUUUUGGAACUGACAACAGUGCUACCAUUCUUGAUGAAGUCAGUUGUUCUAGUAGUAGCUUACUAACUCUAGAGCAGUGUUCUGUUACUACAAUUAUUUCAAGCACUUGCUCUCUUAAUUCAAAUGAUGCUUAUGUAAUUUGCUAUACUACUAGAAUCUGGAAUAAUCCUUAUCCUGGACAGAUUCGUCUAGCAGGAGGUUCUUAUACAAGCUAUGGUAGACUGGAAGUAUAUUGUAAUGGACUGUGGGGUACAGUAUGUGACGAUACUUUUGAUGCAACCGAUGCUAAAGUUGUUUGUCGUCAAUUAGGAUACAGUCAUUUUACACUAGCUCAUUCUGGAGCCGUAACAGCUGGGUCUACCUCUCAACCAAUUUGGCUGGAUGCAGUUUUUUGUAGCAGUUCAUACAGUUGUCUUGCUACUUGUGAAUCUUGUCCCUCUAUACAAUAUCAUAACUGUAGACACAGUGAAGAUGUUGCAGUUGCAUGUGAAUUUGACUCCACUGAAACAGCUUCAAGUAACAUACUAAGCACCUGCAGUACAGCCUCCACUAGUGGCACUACUAACACCACCCCUGGCAUUGUAGGACUAGUUCUUGGAGUAGUGGCAGUUGUUGGAACUAUACUUGCUUAAUUUACACUUUGGGCUGCUGUUAGAUUAUAAUUUGCCUUAGCUGCUGUGAUGCUACAUAAUGUGAUGUAAUGCAUAUGCUGUUAUAGAAUCUGUUUGCUAUAUUUUCCCUGGACUUUUACCAAUUUUAUUUUUAUGAUGCUAUUGCUGAUUAACUGAAUGCUAUAAACUUA